ACAGUAUGUCUGUGACUGAAACAUCUCCUUGCCGUGUCUGUUGUCUCAUCAGGUCUCCUGCGUUUAUUCAGCUCAUCUUGACACACUUGAAGCUGAAGUGUAUCAAUCCUGCACAUGGGUGCAUUUCUCUCUCUCUCUCUUUAAAGUCUGCUAGUGGUUUUCAAGUGUGUGUCUGAAACUUCCUCUUUCUCAAUAAAACUGUCAGUCCAGAGAGAGACAGAAGUGAGUUGAGUGUGUGUGUAGUCUUGUGUUGUGUGAUGUCCAGAGAAAUGUUGGUGAUGUUUGGACUGUUGCUGCUGAUGUUACAGAUGAUCUCAUCUGCUCAAAACUGAAGAAAGUCCUGUCGGAGCCUGUGGCAGUGUGGAGAGUGCUCAUGCUUCUGGUGACCCGAGUUCAAGUCCUGUCUCGUGGUCCUUUCCCCAUCACUUUCUGUCUAUACUCUCCCUGUCCUAUCAAAAAUGAAGAAAAAUAAAUCGUAUGAAAUAAUAUUGGGCAGCGCUAUACUCAACAGCUACAGACCUCCAAUCCUCCAAUCUGCUGUUUGACCAGAUCACAGCACACAGACUGUGUGGAUCAGACGUGCAGGUUUAAUCAGACAGAAAUCUGUUAUGCAGCUCUGGGACACAAACUCUCUCUGCAGAUGGUUCCAGAUUCUCAACACUAUGACGCAACAUUAAAACAUCACAAAACUGGCGACACAACAGUUGAUCCAACAUGUAAAAUUAAAAAUGACACGAUUAAGAGAUGUGAUCUUUACGUGAGCAGAUCUGAUGUUCUGAUCACUAACGGUGCUGUGAUUACAAAUGGUGUGAUCAGAGAAGAUUCAGGGAAAUACACAUUAGAUCUUUAUGACUCGACUGGCUCAGUAACAUAUAAAGAACUUCACGUGAAUGUUGAAGCUCCUAUUGGCUCAGUGAAGGUGUCAGUCAACUGCACGAGUGGAGAGAGGCGGGUGUUCUGCUCCUCUGACGGGGACGAGCUCAUCUUCAGCUGGACUCUCAAUGGACUUCCACAAACAGAAGGAAAUGACUCCAUUGGUCUGGACGAUGAGACUUCUGGAAACAUCAGCUGCGGUGUGAAGAAUCACGUCAGUCACGGAGAGAAGAGCAUUCCUCUAAACUACUGUACUGGAUCAACUACUGUCUCUGUGACCUCUGCACUGACCAACAGCACGCCUGCAUCAGCACACGGUACGAGUCUCUCUGACAGUAAUCUCACCUGCACGCAGACAUCUGAAGAGUUGUCAUCAUUAUGGAAGUUUCUACCGGUUGGUCUCAUUGUGUUGGGUUGUGUUACUGGGAUUCUCGUUGUGUUGUUCAUCACAGUUUAUCACAUUUACAAGAGGAAGAAACAUCGCAAGUCAACAGCAGCAGCUCAAGUUUGUGUCGAACUGAUUUAUGCUGACAUCAAUCACAUGAAACCCAACAGAGACAACAGAGUGAAGAAAGCAGAUAUGAGUCCAGCUGUAGAUGUUGAAUAUGCCGCCGUGGGUCCUCAGACAAAGAGAAAAGAGAGAAAAGAGAUGAAGGAUGAAGAGCUUCAGUAUGGUGAAGUGACGUUUACUCCAGACGGGUCAAAUAUUCAACAACAACAACAGCGGAGGUGUGAAGAACAGGACGAAUGUGUGUACUCUCAAAUACAAACACACAAACUGAAACAUUGAAACAUACACAAUGCAUUUCACACUUCAGUAAGAUUUCUUUUCCUAAAUGAUUGUGUUUAUUUGGAUUUGUUCCUGUAGUGCAGUGGUAAAGCGUUGUGUUCAUAAUAGAAUGGGCACCUUCAAUGCACUGUAACUUGCUUCGGAUAAAAGCAUCUGCCAAAUGUGUAAUGUCAUGCAUGUUAUGUAUAUUUUAAAGGUUGACGAGGCUGAUAUUAUUUGUGUGUUUGUGUUUUGUUGUUCUAUAUUUGGAAGGGCCCAAUUGUCCUCACUAGCACAGUGAACUAUCAACCCACGCGUGAAGUCAUGUUACUGCUCCUCACUAAAUACAAAUCAGUCUCAUGUGAUGGUUGGGUUUAGGAUUGAGGGAUAGAAUAUGUCAAUAGUCUGUGUGUGUGAUCAUGAAGUGUAUAUAUUUCUGUGGUUCAGUGGUAAGAUGGCGACAGACAGUCUUAAAAAAGAGCAGGUCAUUUUAAUUCUUCUUUUCCAUCAAAGCUGAACUUCCUCUUUCAAGUGUUAUACUUACAGCAGUUUCAGAGAAGAUCUGAAUCAGUCAUGUAUUUGCAUUCAGACAGUCUUGGGAUUUCAUAUUCAUUUGUGUAAUAUAUAUAUGACUUUAUGAUUGAAAUGAAGAACAAAUAAAUAUUGUUUCUGCAGGUAAACUGGUGUUGUGUGUACUG